CGCAAUAUCGAAUGACUAAACAACUUAUUCCAGCUAACACGAUCAGGGCUGUCAGAAUCACGAGAAGACAUCCGUGCCAAGCGAGCCAUACACGGUAGUCUAAGGCCAGGGAGGCGGUAAGAGCGCUCUCCAGACGCGACGCGUUCUUAUCUUAGCGCCAUCUCGCAAUCCGACCCGCGUGCGACGUCAUCAGGAUGCUUCACCUUGAGCGUCACGUCUUGUUUCCUUUCGAUUAUGAUUGACACUCCUCGAACAAUCACUAUAUCAUUUUUACUGCUGACAUGCCUACCAUACUCGUUGUAGGAGCUACUCGCGGCCUGGGUGCGAGCAUCGUAGAAACAUAUGCAGCAGACGCAAACAACCACGUUCUGGCUACAGCGAGGACGUCAGAACCCCCAGAGAAUACAAGCAAUAUCACUUACAUUCCAAACAUCGACCUCGAAUCCCCACAUGCUGGCAGCGACCUCGUCCACUCUCUUGAAUCACACAAGAUACCCCACCUGGAUAUCAUCAUAAUAACAGCAGGCUAUUUUGCAACUGAGUCGCUUAAGGAGCCCUCCUUUUCUGCUCAACAGCGCAUGUAUACAAUAUGCGCCAUCGGUCCUACCACACUCGUAACCGCACUUGCCAACUACAACAGCACACUUCUCGAUGACCGGUCCAAGAUAGUCUUUGUAUCUUCCGAGAGCGGCAGUAUUACACUCAGACAUGAGUCGGAGGGUGGCGGCAACUAUGGCCACCAUGCCAGCAAAGCAGCGCUCAACAUGUGUGCGAAACUAUUAAGCCUGGAUCUGAAAGACCGUGGCAUUGCGAUAGUCACCGUACAUCCAGGCUUCAUGAGGACGGACAUGACUCGUAACGUGGGCUUUGAUAAGUUCUGGGAUGAAGGAGGCGCAGUCACACCAGAUGUCGCUGCGCAGUCGCUUGUGGGAUGGAUUGAACAGUUCGAUAUUAGUCAUACCGGACAGUACUGGGCUCCAAGAGGACCUGCGGACAUUGGCACUGCCGAGCCCGUGUUGGGACCUAAGGACAAGCUGUCGACUCCUCUUCAGCUGCCAUGGUGAGCAAUCUGGGCGAGGUGUGAUACUUCACCGCUAGAGUUGACGAUUAAAGAACUCAUGGUAAUGUAAGUGAAGUUUUUGGUAGGGUAUCGAAGCGCAAUGCCUAGAUUACAACCUAAUAGUAAUCUCAAGGACUAGUCUAAUGCCUC